AUGUUUUCUUUGUUAAAUUGUGUGCCUCGGAGGUUAAAUAGGCUACCUCUGCGCUGUAAGGUGAGGGAAUAACAUGAAAUAUUAUUAUUAUUUGUUAGCUACAACAGUCAGAUGCCUCCAUGACGGAAAAUACGUCUUGAAGAUAGAAAAACGUAGACAGGAAACUCUCUCUUGUCUAUUUAAAGGGUUGGUUUCUAGACGCCGUCCUUUCAUGAGCCGAACUUUUCAUGAGCACACGUAGCAGCUGUUUAUAUGAAUACCGGCCUGGCCCACUUAACGAGACAGCCCAGUAACUGAGAUCUCGAUAUGUAGUUAUUUUUUAUAGUAAAACUCGUUCAAUUGUUCGUUUAUAUGGACAGCCAGGCAAUAAACCUUUCUGGUAAUUACGUUACAACUACACUGUUUUCAACUUAGGACCACCUUAAAUGGAAUAGAUUUCAAGUUUGUUUCUCACAGGCUAUGGUUAGAGAAGCAGAAUAUCCUUUCAACACAUGUAUAAAAAUGAAUUUUGGAUUUUGACUAUUAAACGUGGAAAUAAGCUUAAACACGAAAACGAGGCUGAGGGGCCAUAGCCCCAUGUUUUUCAUGUAACAAUCUCAGAGCAGAACCUUUUCCUCUGAGAAAAAAAAGCCAACUUACCCAGCAUAACAAUACUGCAAAUCCCUGUGUUCUUGAUGCUCCUGAGAUAAACAUUACAACAAGAAUACAAAAGAAAGUUUUACCUUUGGGACUUGUAAAGACAAAGCGGAAUUUUCUUUUCAAAUUCAAUUUGUGCUUUAUUUUAAUCUAAGCUUGUGCUUUUGUUGCAGUCUUAAUAAGGUCGCAAGGUUCGCUGCUUUGUUUGUUUUGCCUUUUCUUGUUGUUUAUCUCACAGCAGGCAUGAACUACGCAAGUAACCAAAAUUAAAGACACAUUGCAAGUUGAAUUUUCGGUACCUCAUUGAUAAUCUUGUUGGAAAAUCUUUCAAUUCUCCAAUCACAUUUGUAUUUCUGAGAGGGGUUUUGUACACUUGACGGGAUAUUGAUGCCCUUAAAUGCUUAAUUACCAUGCCAUUACCAAUGGAAACGACGCUAUAUAGGAAGAGGGGUCUUGACCUUAUACAAUAGGUCUCAAGUUUUCGUUGAUCAUAUAAGGUUGGACUUCCUUGCACGGUGUCAGAACACUCCAUAUCUAUUCUAGCCUUCGUCUCUUUACGCCGCUACACAGAUGUCUCAUUCCAAAGCGACGUGGGGAUACUCCAAAGAAGACGGUAAGUUUUGUUGUGGUUAUUGUAUUUUUGUAAUUAACACCUUAUUGUCGCUUUUAAUGUGUUAUAACUUAUGCCAAUAAAGGGAAAAGUAUAAUGUUGACUUUCUAGAAUAUGAUGUACUUUUUGAACACCGGGAAUUUACGAUGUUUACGAUAGUUUAUAACGGUCUGUGCAGCAAGUGUAUGUAGAUUGAAAAUAGCGAACUUAAGCAAGGCUUAUCUACCACGGGGGCUUGAAAAGAACAGCCUUAAAUUUUACACCUUCAAAAAACUAUAAGUAUAAACUACCGAUAUUGCAGGUGACCGGCUAGAAGGACGCAAAUGCAUCGACGACGGCAAUUAUUAUAAUGACAAUCAUAAUAUAAUAGUAGAAACGAAAUGAUUAAAUUAUUAAAAUCUCAUAUUAAAAUUCUUAAAAGUAUGAGAUGUCCGACAAUCUUGAAAUGUCUGUGCCAGUGUAGUUAGUGCCAAUAUAUGAACAAACUUUCGUUCGUAGGGAUGCAACUCAAUAUAAGGCCCUUCGUAUUAGCUAUAGUAUAAGCUCCAGUAACUCCAGACGAAGAGUCUUCGCUCGAAACGUCGAAAUUCUUCGAAUAUUUUUCAGGUAGGCAUCGCUACCAACGAAAGCUUGUUCAUUAGAUGUUCGAUGUCGUUCUCGUCCCGUUCACAACGGCAAAUCGCAGAUUAUCACGUCUUGUGAGUUGUGUACAACGCUACAUCCCAAGCUGGGAGAAUGCCGUCCUAUAUUAGAGUUAAGCCUUAAGGUCCCUAUAAUAACAGCAGAAAGCUCAGCUGAUUGAGAGACAUUCAUUCAACCACCUGAAAAGCACAAGUAAAACUUGGCAGGGCGUUUAUAUAUCAAUUAACGCCCUGUCCGGAAGUUAGUAGCGAAGCGCCUUCGUCUGAGUACUCGCUAUUGACAGUACUGUAACGAAGAGCCUUCACUGAAAACAUCGAGGUUUUAAAAAAUCUUUUCCUGGUACUUCAGGCACAAACCACGGCAGUUUAUUCGGUAAAAUACUGCCUACACUGGACCACCACGUUUGAGAUGUCCGUUUUUCGGGUAGACGGGGUAGUUCAAACACAAACCACGACAGCUUAAAUUAAUGCAAAAUGACUACCUAUACACUGAACUGCACGAAGGCUGUCUGAAACCCUACCUUUGACUUUCAGCUUAAUUGACGACGGGAGUUUAGUUCAUAAAAGUCUGCAAUACUUUAUUCUAAUAUUAAAUAUAGAUUUGCAGAUUAUUAUGAAUUAAUAUUACGAAUUUAACUCGAGAGGGGAACUCGAUAAGACAGUAUUUCUAACGAAUUUUUAUCUGAUAAAUAUUUUUAGUAGGCUAUAUGUUUCAUGACACAACUUUCUCAUAUUUACUUGGCCAGAUCACAGUUAAUAAAAUAGGACUGUGGCCAGAUCAAGUUAUUUUUCUUAGACUCAAAAUGUUCAAAUGAAUAAAUGCUUUGCGGGAGCAAGAUGUAUGACAGCUGGAAGAAUAAUUUCCGACAAACGACAAAUUUGCAUAUUACAUGUAGUAUCUUUUGAGAAAACGUCGAUGACUCAAGUUCAUCUGUUCUUAACACAACUUUAUUGCAACAGUAAUGUUUAAAGCAAAAUUUGUGCGCAAACAGGAAAUAAGAACAUUAUAAGAAAAGAGGAACUUUAUAGUAUUUUGCUGAACAAGAUGGAAUAUACAGACGUGAGGGGAGCUUUGUAGGCUGGUCUGUGCGGGUCAACAAAGUCCUCACUUUGUCAGUCAAGAUAGACAGAUGAUGUUUGAUGAAUAUUAAUUUGUCUGCAUAAUUGCGUCACCCAUUGACCUUUCUAUCCAUAGCUACAGUAGUAUAGUAUUUCCAUUGCUAUAGUAGUAAAUUAGGUAACCUACCUCUGUAUGAUCUAACCCUGCUUAUUAACUCAGCAGUGAGUUCUGUAGUGUAGCCCACAUUCAAGAACAUGUACUACUUCUGUAUUAUCUAACCAUGCUUAUCUCAGCAGUGAGUUCUGUACAACAUCAGACCAUUUUAAGGUAGCCCACAUUCGAGAACAUGUACUACCUCUGCAUGAUCUACACGGCAAAAAACGCCGAGCCCGCUGCUCAACCGGAUUGAACAAUGUUUUGCUGCCCACGUUGUUCACACUUGUCAACAAUAUUGAACAAUAUUGUUGAGCCUGAAUCGGGUGUAACAAUAUUGUUCAAUAUUGUUGACAACUGUGAACAAUGUGGGCAGCAAAGCAUUGUUCAAUCCUGUUUUCAUCAGUAUUGCAUCAACCUGAGCGUUUUUACGCGUGUAACCAUGCUUAUCUCAGCAGUGAGUUCUGUACAACAUCAGAUCACUUUAAGGUAGCUGACAUUCAAAAACAUGUAUACUACCUCUGCAUGAUGUAACCAUGCUUAACUCAGCAGUGAGUUCUGUACAACAUCAGAUCACUUUAAGGUAGCUCACAUUCAAGAACAUGUACUACCUCUGCAUGAUCUAACCAUGUUUCACUCAGCAGUGAGUUCUGUACAACAUCAGAACACUUUAAGAUAGCGUAGCGCUAUAGGGCUAGCUAGCCCUCAUACAAGAACACGUACUUCCUCUGUAUGAUCUAAUCAUGUUUAACUCAGCAGUGAGUUUUGUACAACCUCGGACCACAUGCAUGAGGGUAGCUCACAUUUGGGAACAUGUACUACUCUGCAGUAUGAUCGCGCUCAUUGAACUGAAGACAUUUACUGAAUUUAGGUCCAGCGACAUGGGCAAAGCUACUGGAUAUCAAAGUGGGCAAGAAACAAUCUCCUAUUGACAUUGUUCGGGCGAGCGCCGUAUUUGAUGAAUCUUUGAAGAGUCUGAAAUUUUCAUACCCAGGUUUUGAGAAUGCGAAAUUGGAGAACAAUGGUCACACUGUUCAGUUUUCUCCCACUGGAGAAAAUACCUCAGGUAUGCUCUUAAAUCAACUCAUUAGUAAUAAACGGCCUAUGACUCGUAUUACAUAAAGACAUCCUGUUUUUCUGUAGAGGCGAGCUGUGGUCCAGUUACCAACAAGUAUAAACUAGCUCAGUUUCAUUUCCACUGGGGAGAAAAUAAUGAUGUCGGAUCUGAACAUACAGUAGAUGGUAAACCUUAUUCAGGAGAGGUGAGCUAUCAAUAUGAAAGUGAUGCAUAUAGAAUUAGGGUCUUAAUAGGAUCUAUUGUGUAGUGAUGUUAUUUCCCCUUUUUUUUAAAGGAGAUGAAAUUUUACUAUUUAAUAUCAGAGAAAACGUUAGUACUCUUAAGCUGUCAAAUUUGACAUUUUAGCAUUAAAAUACUUCAAUUUAGUGUGUAGAGCCAAAAAUCUUCAUUGAUUGCGAGCAAGAACUGCUGACGCCAUCAAUGGCUCUCAAUUCGCAGCUUUCUUGUUACGAUCGGAAGGAAGCAACUUGAAGUCGUAGGGGCACUUCAUCUUAAGAGCACUUCUUCUGUUAGGAAUGGACACUAGCUUUUCUCAUUGUCUAGGUUUAGGAAAAGGGCACGUUGAAGAAAGCUUGCGAGGGGGGGGGGCGUGACCCCUACCUACGCCACCUCUGGUUUUCUCUACCACAGAAUAAAGACACAGAAGGACGACUCAGCCAAAAAAGCGUAACCGCUGCCACGCCGUGAUUUGCAAUGAUUCGUCAUCAAAAUGCUGACGCCAUGGUCCUAGCCAGUGCAUUUAUGAGAGGCAUUCACCCCCCCGGACGUCCACCAUUUUAAAUAUUAUCAGGGGGUGAAUGCCUCUCACAAGCGCACGAGUUACGGUUACGCCAAAAUCAUAGGGAAAACCAAGAAGUCGAUCUUCUGUUUGUCUCUAUUCUGUGCCUCUACACUGGUGAUACACAUUCUUGAGUUUUAUUAUUUCUGCAUUUAUUGUACAGUUGCAUCUUGUUCACUACAAUACGGACCUGUAUAGCAGUGCUGCGGAAGCACUGACACAGAAAGAUGGCUUGAUGGUAUUUGGAAUUUUCCUGAAG